CCUGUUUGUGUCGCUGUCUCCUCUUUUCCGCGUGUUUUUUUCCUUUUCCUCUGGUGCCGUGCUUGGCGUUGUCGUGUGCGCCUGCGUCAGGCGAUGUUUGUGGUUGCGCGUGUGCGCUUGGUUAGAGCGCAUGCGGCGUGUUUUGGGUGUGUGUCUGGCGGUCUCCGCCUUCGUCAGGCGAUGGGGUGCGGCCCGGACAUCUCAGUGGAUGGUUUCUUGAGGUAAAGGCGGCUGGGGUUGGCAUUGGCGCCGGCACUGGCUGCAGCCACCGGGG